GGGUCUAGUUCGACUCUUUCUCUUCUACACAGCUACCAACUUGCCUGGAUAUCUUCACAAGUCAGAUUACAGAUUUCCAGCUAGAAAUCAAUGCUGCCAUUCACUGAAUUGUAUAUUGUUGCUUUUCCAUAGUGAAGAGUUCUUGCUAAAAUGCGGUGCAAUAACAGCAAAAAAAAGUAAACUCAGGUAUUAAUGUUGUCAUAUAGUCAACUGGUGUUAGAUGAGACAGUUAACUGAAGUUAAAUAAGAUCUUUACUCCUGAAUCAGGAACUGCAGCUAAGCUUCCCUGCUUAUCCACAGCUCAUAUCUUUUUUCCAUUUUAAGAGGGGAACACAAAUGGUGAAUGUGCAAGAGGAAUGGAGCACCAUCUAGUGCUUAAAGAAUAAUGCUGGAAAACGAGACAUUGCUAGCAGUUAAAACAGCCCAUGUAAUUGUUUGGCUGACUUGCUUGCAUAGAAGGAAAUAGUAUAUUCUGGAAAUGUAAUACUGUGAUGUUCUUCAUGGACCUUGUGGUGAUUGAGAGGCAGGGGGAUGUAAAAUGCCAUGUCAGACUGCAUCAGAAACAGGCAUUUGAAAAAAUACUUUGCCUGUUUGUUGGCUAAAGAAAAAGCUUAGGAAAGUUUUUCUCAUUCUCCACCUCCAAAUAAUUUAAAUAAUAGUAAGCCAAAACCAUUCAGCAUUUGAAAUAAUGUGUGAUGGAAUAUGCAAGUACUGUACAUAGACUAUAGCAGGGGGACAGUACUUUGGCAGUGACAGUCAUAGAUAACAUUUGCAGCAAAAUGUUUUUUAAAAUGGAGUAAAAGUUUUAUGCUGAGAUGUGGAACAGUUUAGCCCACAUCUCAGCAUGCUGGUUAGGCCUGACACUGUGUGGGAGAGGAGUGCAGAGGGGCAGUUGUCUGUAGUUCCAUAACUCUGGAAAGAAAAGACCAAUGGAUGUUCUGUGCGAGCUCUGAAAAACUCUGGGGUUCAUCUCUAAUGGAAUCCCUAUUUGUCAGAAGAUAUCAGCCAAGAGACAGUAAUUUUUGCUUUCUGUGACGCCCAAAACACAGGCUGGAAAUAAAUCCCCACAGACCGAUGUCUACAGAGCAGGUAUUUGUUUAUUGCAGAGAUGGUGGCGAGGGGGAUAGCUCCACCUAACUCACCCACCCUUGCCAAAUGCUGUGGUAUAUUUAUACAGUAAGUAUUUCCUAGUGUUACUGUGUCACUAAAAUAUCAUCACAUACACCUGGGAACUGAUUUAUAUAAUAUGAUCUCAUGGUUAUUAGAUUUUGCACUGUGCUUGCUCCUCCCCAAUUUGAGGGUUGUCGGGGGUCUUUGAUGAAUGCUUCCAAGGUCUUCUUCCCAUCUGAACUUCUCAACUUUGUCUUCAGAGCACGUGCAGUUACGGUGUUCCUUGGUCUGUCUGGUCUUAACUGGCCUAAAUUCUUUGGUUUGUGGCUAAUUGGCUUUCUUUCUCAUUAGUACUAUACUUAUCUAUCUCAAAAGCUAUCCACCUGGUGAGUUUUUUCUUCUCUUUUUGUUUAUUCUGCAUUAAGCAACUAGUUAACUUUAUACAGCCACUAUACAGCCACUAUACAACUGUACAGAAAGUUAUUUAUAUCAGGCUAUAUAGGUGUACAAUUUAUGAUUGAGGUUACACAGGUAUAAAAAGCUAUGAUUCAGGUUAUAUAGAUAUAAAAAAAGUCAUGAUUAGGUUAUAUUUAUAUCAGGUUAUAUAAAUAUAUCAGGCUAUAUUGAUAUCUUAUAACUCAAGCUAUAUAGGCAUCUUGUAACUUUGAUCUGUUAUAUAGGCGUCAUCUGUUUUGUGGAAAGAAGCAGUGUAUGCUCUCAGCCACUCUGAUUUUGGAGCUAUGAUCUCACUUUAAUCAGAAGAACAGUACAGAUAUGCUGCUUUAUUUAUCCACAUUUCCUGCACAUGUAAACAUGACACCAAGAGCCUGGCACAGACACAAUCUGUAUUCCCUCUGCCUCCAUAUUGAUGACAGACUUCCUUUUUCUUGCAUAUUUACCUUUUUUUCAAGAAUAAAUAUGGACUUAUUCAGGAACCAUGAAUGCUCAUAUUCAUUAUAAGAUAAAGUCACUACAAUUAUUACAAGUUAGACCAGUCUCAGUUUUUGAGAGUAAAUACAUUUUUAUUUUUUAUGUGGAGUUGUUGGCCUUGUAAGCCAAAAGUGCUAUGACUAAAAUACUAGUUAACCUUUAGGAGAGAAAACCGCAGCAGAAUAAAAGAGAAUUUCCAGUAUUUUCAUGUUUGACAAGCUUUGUAGUCCAUUUAGGAGUAUAGUGACUGUCUCACUGUGUGUUAACAUUGGCUUGCCUGCUGCAUUAUGCUUAGGAGUUAUGUGCACACCAAAACCUUCAUUGGCCCUGGCCUCUGGGCAGGAGGGAAAUCUUGCCUUGUGAUAUGCUAUUUUUAGUUGUUUUCUAGACAUUUGUUAGCAACGGAAUGCCAUCUAUGCAAGCUGGACAUGAAAACAUGAAAGGAAAAAGCAGGUAAAAGUAUUGUUUUCAUUUAAUUCACCACAACAACUUAGAGAUAAGUUGCUGUUAUUUGCCAAUCCACAUCUGGAUCUGUUUGUGAAAAAGUGCAUACAUGAAAUAAGGAACUUAUUUCCCAACAAGGGGAACUGUAUGCUUAGAUGAAUCAGCUGUGAAAUUAGGGGAUUCUCCUGCUAUGAGAGUAGUAAGGAAGCUAAACAGAAAAUUUAGAAAGAGAAGUACUAACAGCAAAAGUUUUGAGGAUUUGGGAUCCUGUGAUUCUUUGAUUUGCUGCAGGAUGUAGUCACUGAUAGCCAGCAGGAAUCACGGGUGCUCAGCCCACAGAGAACAAGGCCACACUUCACUAUACUGAUGAGAUAACGUAACAGAUCAGGGACGAGUGCUGGGCACUUGAACUUGUCUAAAUGGCUGAGAUAAGAAAGCGGCAGCUUCUAGAGGGAAUCAGUGUUUCCCCUGUGUAACUCAUGCUCCGGCAAAUGACACUCGCCAACAAAGAGUGUGAUGAAUACUUUGUAUUUGGGGAAGAAGAGACUUAGCAGUAGGUAUGGAAGAAACAUUAUUGACUUGUUAUUAAAGUAGGACCAACCCUUCUUACUGCCCACAUUUACUAAAAGAAUCCUAAAAGAAAAAUGUCUAGCCUUAAUUUGCAAUGUGUAAUCUUUCAGUAGAUUCCAUUUAUGUCAUGUGAGUUGACUGGGGAGGGAACUUCCACACUUUAUUUUCUGUAACAAAUCACUCAUGUUUUCCUGCUAGCAGAACACUGGCUAUCUCCUCGCUUGGCACAUUUCUGGUCAAGAGGUGACAGCCACAGGGGAGGACUUGAGGAAUGCUGCAGUUCCUUGUGCCAACAUCCAAGCAGAACCCGUGGACAACCAUAAAAAUACUCAAGUGCUUUAUAUCCUUUAUAUGCUUUACCAUAGAAUGAAAAUAUUUUCUGAUGAGACAGUUACUUUUUAAUGAGAAAUUCAUCAAGGCAUUUAGAAAUUAGGUCAGAGUGAGAAGCUCUGGAGAUUUUAAGAUUUCUGGGUAACUGGAACUUCCAAACUGUCAAAAUUCAGCCAGAUGCUGUAUCAUAAAUGGCAUUGUACCAAUAAAAACACCAUAGCACAUAUCAGCUUCAACAACUAUUUUGACAGCAAACCUUCCUUGCUGUAUUUAAGGGUGAGAAUGAAAAGCUUUAUAUCAUUAAACAUGGAACAGUCUCCUCCCAUUUUUGGAUGACUAUGCCACAUCAGACUGUUUUCUGUAUUAGUACCAGAGCAUUAGGCAUGUUUAAAGGACACACGCAUACACAGUACUCCAAACACUCGGAGAAAUGAAGUUACGUGUACCUGCCUGUGGUAGCCUGGUGUCUUCACACUCAAGUUUCCUAUGUUAGCAGUUCCUUAUUAUUAACACCAGAAAUUCCCUAGAGCCCAAAACGUGCUAGGCGUUUCAGUGCGGGAAAAAAAAAUAGAGUUUGGUCUGUAGUCAUUCACAAGCCUAACCCCUGUCAAAUACAGCUCUUUACCCCCUGAUGUGCCUGCAUUUUACAUAGAUUUUUUGCACUCCUUCGGCUGCUGCUGCGAUGCCGGGCAGGGAUAGGAUCCAGAAUAGGAGACUACAUGAGACUACAAGAGAAGGGUUUCAACCUGAUCAUAGGCCAAGGCUGCAACUCGGCAGGACAUGACCUACUGGCUUCAGGAGCUGCAGCAGAAGAGGUGGGAGUACUGCAACAACCUCGAUGCGGCCAAGCGGGACAGCCGGACUUCCCCCACACCCAGUGACUUUUCCAAAGGUCUUGUUGCCAAAGACAACCCUGAUUUGAGUAUCCUAAGUCAAAAUGCUUCAGCAGAGAGAGCUAGAAAUAUUCUAGCUUUGGAGACUUCUCCUACAGACCUGGUGGGGGAACAAGCAGCUUCCCAGCCUGCACCAGUCCAAGCAAGUGCCAUCAAUUUCUCUCUUAAGCAAUGGAGUACUGAGAUCAGAAAUUCCAUGUCCUCCUUAAGAAAAGGAAGUAACGAAAAUCGCAGGAGUGUCUUUUAUACCACUGAGGAGUGGGAACUGCUGGAUCCAACCCCAAAAGAUUUGGAGGACUCAAUGGCUCUGGAAGAAAAAAGGAAACACCUGGCAGAAGGAAGUAAAGGACUGACUAGUUCAGCUUUUCCAUUUGAUUUUGGCCGCAUUCCGCACAAAGCAAGGCGCCCGUUGAAAGAUAUGAUUGGAUCAAGCAAAAACCGCAACAGCAGCGACUCUUCCCCAACAGAGUGGUGUUCUGGCAAUGGGAACAGACUGGUCUCUGAGCUGCAGCUGAAGUAUCAAAGCCAGCAGGAAGAGUUGGAGAAGCUGAAGAAGGAUCUUUUGAGCCAAAAGGAACUUGUUCGACUUCUGCAGCAAACAGUCCGAUCUUCCCAAUAUGAUAAAUACUUUGCAAGCCACCUUUGUGAGGGGGUUCCCAAAGAUACAUUAGAGCUGUUGCACCAAAAAGAUGACCAGAUUUUGGGCCUCAAUAAUCAACUUGAAAAGUUAUAUCUAGAAAAAGAUAGUCUCCAGCAGGAAGUCAAGAAUCUGAAGUGUAAAGUUGGAGAGCUCAAUGAACGGCUGGGAAUGUUGAUGGAAACCAUUCAAGCUAAAGAUGAAGUCAUCAUGAAACUCUCUCGUCAGCUCAGCGAGUGUGAGGACAGCGCAUCCUCUCAAAGUGGAGCAAUAAAUUCCCCCACAGCCACCUGUACUAAUAAGGAACUGCAGGAACUGGACAGACUAAAAGACAAUCUUCAGGGUUAUAAGACCCAGAAUAAAUUUUUAAAUAAGGAGAUUUUAGAACUUUCUACUCUACGAAGAAAUGCAGAAGCAAGAGAGAGAGAAUGGCAGGCAAAGUAUACCAGCUUAGAAGCCAAACUCUGCCAGAUUGAAAGUAAAUACUUGAUCUUGCUUCAAGAAAUGAAAACUCCUGUUUGUUCUGAGGAUCAAAGUCCUGCUCGUGAGGUUAUCACACAGUUACUGGAAGAUGCCUUGAAAGCAGAACCCAGUGAACAACCAGAACAAGCAUUUUUCAAACCCCACCUGGUCAGUGAAUAUGAUAUAUAUGGUUUUCAGACUAUCCCAGAGGAUGAUGAUGAGGAGAAACUAGUAGCAAAAUCACGAGCUUUGGACUUGAGAUCACUUUCACUUAGUGAAAAUCGAGAGAUCUCCACAGGAGUGAAAUGGGAAAACUAUCUUGCAAGCACAAUGAAUAGAGAGAUGAUGCGCUGUGUGGAACUGAAGAACCUUAUUCGGUCUGGAAUUCCGCAUGAGCACCGUUCCAAGAUGUGGAAAUGGUGUGUCAAUCUCCAUGUUAAAAAGUUCAAGGACAGUGCAGUACCUGGCUACUUCCAAAUCUUGCUUCAAAAAGCUCUGGAAAAACCAAAUCCUGCAUCUAAACAGAUUGAGUUGGAUCUCUUGAGGACUUUGCCAAACAACAAACAUUACUCCUCCCCAACAUCUGAAGGGAUCCAGAAGCUGCGAAAUGUGCUGCUGGCAUUUUCCUGGAGAAAUCCUGAUAUAGGAUAUUGCCAAGGGCUCAACAGGUUGGUAGCAAUUGCACUUCUGUACUUGGAACAGGAAGAUGCUUUUUGGUGUCUAGUAGCAAUAGUGGAAGUUUUUAUGCCUCGUGAUUAUUAUACUAAGACACUGCUGGGAUCCCAGGUUGAUCAGCGAGUGUUUAAGGAUUUAUUGAGCGAGAAGCUUCCACGAUUACAUGCUCAUUUUGAACAAUAUAAAGUUGAUUAUACUCUCAUCACUUUCAACUGGUUUCUUGUGGUUUUUGUGGACAGCGUGGUUAGUGACAUCCUUUUCAAAAUCUGGGACUCCUUCCUCUAUGAGGGACCAAAGGUAAUAUUCCGAUUUGCCCUAGCACUGUUUAAGUACAAAGAAGAGGAAAUCUUAAAGCUGCAAGAUUCAAUGUCUAUUUUCAAGUACCUUCGCUAUUUCACACGCACCAUCCUUGAUGCCAGGAAACUGACUGCUAUUGCUUUUGGAGACCUGAACCCUUUUCCCUUACGCCAGAUCAGGAACCGCAGGGCCUAUCACCUGGAGAAAGUGCGCCUGGAGCUGACAGAGCUGGAAGCCAUCCGCGAGGACUUCCUGCGUGAGCGAGAGACCUGCGUAGAAAAAAGAGACCUUAUUAGUGAUGAUGAGGAGGAUAGCUGAAACUGCUUAAUAUAAACUGUUCUUUGGGAUCAUGACCAAAGUGAGUUAACCUCCAAAACACUUUAUUAAUCCUGUGAAACAGAAUGUAAACUCAUUGCUUUUGGAAAUAUGCAGGACAGAUUUCCAAAUCCCAGCACUUUCAGAAAUACCACUUAGUAUGGAGGCCAAACACUUCUGUUUACAUUUAUGUUCCUGGAAUCAUUUGUAGAGCACUUAAUAUCUGUCUCAGUUUAGUCAAUCAGCUGAAUUGACAGUUGUUUUCUCACAGUGCACCAUUAAUUGUCUGGAUGUGAAACAAUAAGAAAAGGCCAUGCUCUGUUACAUUCAUUGCCAUUCUGAGUUUAGGGGUUUUUUGAUGUAAUCAUGUUUUCUGUAGUGCAGGCUCAAUGUGAGCGGACAUCCAUAUUUCUUAGGUUCAGGUUGGCUCCAUCCAGCCUUUCUUGAGGUUGCUAACCAGAAAAGCAUGGGAUGAAGAUUCCUUUGUCUUUUCCUGCAGUGUCAUGCAAUGAAUCACCAAACAGAACCCUUGAAUAUGUGUACUCUAAAGUAAAGGUAAAAUAAGUACCUAUUUCUGUUACUGCCUGUCGAGUGUGUACUGAAACAGUGGUAGCAAACAUGAUUUCUACUUUUCAGGGCAGCUGUGUCGAUAAAGAUUCUCAUUAAUGGAAAGGGGUUUAGAGAUCAAACUCUCUUUAAUCAAUUUUAUUUUUAUUCACUGUUUUGAUUGGAAUGGUUCAAAAAUGCCACAACCAAACUCCAGAUAUUAUGGAAGAAUGGAGCUUGUCACAGGAGUACCAUGCUUUAGGAGCUAAUUUUUUGCAUAUGUGUUGAAGGGUUGUUUUGAUAUGAUUUUUUUGUUUCUGUGAAGGUUUUUUGUUGUUUUUUUUUUCCUUUUCUUUUAAUGCUUCUUCCUCUUCAGGACCUAAGGUGAAGUCUCGCUCUUUAAGAAGAAACACAGCAUGCUUUCUGCAUGAUUGUAGAACUAUUGUACAAUAGUGGUAGUGACUGGGUUCAUAAUACAAAUAUUUACCAAUCAAUCAAAUGAAACCUAAAGGUCACAGCAUGCACACAGGAGCUGAAGAUCCUUUUUCAACAGAAAAAUGCAAUAUUCUCCUAAUGCACUCAGCUUUACUGUGAGUGUUGGAUGCACUUCCUGCGAGACAGCUGUAAGGAGCAACAUCUGGGCUGUUGAGCUAUAGUGUUUCUGCUGUGGAAGUGUUACUUGGGGCCAUUUUCUCUCAUUUGGUGACUAGCAGUGUUCAUGUGUGGUUCUUGGGAGAAGGAGGGUUACUUUCUUGCUGGCUAUUCUAUGGACUUUUACAACGUUUUUUCUUGAACUGUUGGAUUUUCAGAAUGUUGUAUUGAAUAUAGUGUGUCAUGAUAAAACUACGAUUCAAAUACUAGGCAGCAAAUCACCAGGCUCUGGGGAAGUGGUUAAUUAGCAAAACAGAAAACUAAUCAUUGGGAAGAGUCAAGUGCAUCGAGCUUGUAUUUUAUGUGUUUUGUUUUGCUUUUCUAGAAGUAGUAGAACUUUAUUGGAUAUAAUCAUGUAACUGUUUUAGUCAACUUAAGUGUGGGCAGAGAGAAAUCCUGCUUCUGAUUCACAGCACUUUUAAAAAAAAUUAUUUUAGAUAAUCUAGUUGUAGCCUUCUCCAAGUAAGCAUAUUAUAAGUUAGUUUAUAUGGAAGGGAACUAUUUAAUCAGAGGUGAUGUUGUAACUUAGAGGACUACUUUUGAUACGAAAUUUAUGCUUCCUGUAUGACUCAUAAUUUUUACCUAGCCAGCAAAUCCUUGCCAAUAAGGAACGGAUGAUUUGUAUGUUACUAGUCUUCUGAAAUGUCCUCUACAUUGUCUGUGGUAGGAAGUAGCUAGGGAUUUUUUUCUAAUUCCCUAGUUACUUUUGGUUGUGUACUGGAGGGCAGGGUUUUGAUAUUAUUGCAUGUACUGUAUUCUUUUUCUACUUACAAUCAGUAUUUGAAUACAAAAAAUGGGACCAGGUUUUCUAAUUUUCUAGUUAUGCUGUCUUGGUUUUGAAAGAGCUGGUCUCUAAAUCAAUAUGUAAUGCAGGCUUUUUUUUGUAUGUUUGUAUUAAUGAUGUUGUCAAGUGUUAAAUGAAUUUUUUGUUAAGGUGAAGAUCUUCCUUUCAGUGACCACAAGUGAAAUAUUAAGGUGAAGAAUUUAGAUACUUGUACUUACCCUAUUUCUACAAUCCAUUUUUUUUUGGCUUUGAGUCUUCACUGUGAACUAGUCCUAUGACAUCAGGAGAUGUUUUCAGACUGAUUCCGUUGAAGUUUUUGGGUUGUGAAGAUAAAACUAAGUUUGAGGCAAUGGUUCAGGAAGUUCUUUAGCUGCCAAAACACGACCUGCAAUAUUCCAGGACCAUUUCUGUUGGAGUUGUGCUGAUGGUUCAGUUUGUGUGCGCAUGUGUUGCUGUGUUUCGUUCUAUUAAGUUGUUUCCACUUGUACAGAAAAGCUAAGUAGCUCUAUUUCUUCUGCCAUGGUGUGACUGUUACCCACAAAUGCUAGGAAUCCUGUGGAAGUUGUGUUGUCUCUGGGUAUUUUGCCAGCUUGCAGAUAAGAAAUGAGUCGAUGCUGUCAUGCUCAAGUUCCCAGCAAGCUGUUGGCUUCAUGUUGUUAAGCCUUGUUACUGAUUUAGUGAUGAGCUAAAAGGCCAAAAAACUGCAGAGGCUUCUCACCUCUGGCCACUAGAAGUCUCCAUGGAACAAAAAUAAGAUGUAUAGCAGGAAGUAACAUCAGGGGAGCUUGCCUUGCUUGCUGUUGCAAAUGUCAUUGUGUGACUUAGUUUUCUAGUGGUGCUUAAAUCUGGUUACCUUGGAGAGUAGUAACUCAUUAGGGACAAGCAGGAUACACAGGCAGUAUGUAAACCUGAUGAAACCAGGCCAAAAUACAGUGUACCUCAGUGGCCUGCCAAAGCUGAGCUGCAUGGAGCCCCAGAGUUUGUGCUUGUGUGUGAACUUCUGAGGUGGUGCAUGAGGUUUACCAUUCAUGCCAGCCAGAUGGUGGGCACUUGACCUAUUCAUGCACAUAAGAACUGCCAAGAAAAUAUUUUAACUUCAAGGCCUUGCACAUAACGUGCAAAGAGUUCCUCAUGUGUGGUUCCCAGAAUAUGUGAUGUAAUCCAGACCACUAAGUUGCAUUGUGCAGAAUAUUCCUCCAUCUCUAUUCACGUGUGCAUGGCUUCCUGGUGAAACUUUUCAUUAGUUGUUCAAAAGGAUCUGUUAUCUUCUGUUAAAUAGGCAAAAAAUUGGUGCACUACACCUCUAGUUAUUAGAACUGCACAGUAUUUCAGCUUGACCUGUUUACAGGUAGUGUUAUCAUCCAGUAUUAUCACAUUGUUUGGUGGUCUUCUUUUUACCAGCUAUGUAAUCAAUAAAAAGAAUUUUUCUGUUGCCUUUUUGGUGUCUUCUGUGAGAGAGUCUCCCCUUCCCUUCAGUGUUUGUAAACAUGGUAAGAUAUUUCAGCAGAAAGGGAAAGAUUUUUUUCUUCAUUAUAAAACAUCAGAAAUGAAUGGAUGGUCUUAAAUUUGACAGAGACACAUAACUGAGAAAUGGCAAGUUGAUUAAUUUAAUGAAAUUGUAUAGCUGUUUAAGCAACUGUUCCCUUAAGUGCCAUGUUAAAAAUCAGCAAUAUGCGGUACAAGAAAUUUGAAUCACAAACGUAAGUGAUGUUAUCUUCAUGAAGAUUGAUGUAAAGAAAAAAUAAAUUCUUUAUUACUUUA